AAAGCAAAUCGUGUUAUUGUCAAUAAACGAAGCAUCCUGGAAGCUUCGAAUGGGAAUGUAUUGCUUUCAUAGCUAUUUUAGUAAUUCAGUUUCAUUGAAUUUCUAUAAUAAGUAAUGUUUUCCAUUGUAACAAUCAAUGCUUGAACUGAAUGGCUCUUCUGCUCUAAUAUCUACCUCUUCCUUUUGUGCUUUCUUUAUCCUUCAAUACUAACUCGUUUACGUAAAUGCUGUUUAAUUAUUCUGUUGAAACAAGGUAUCUUGAACCGAAUCCGUAUAGCAGAAAGUUCUGUGGAUGUAUGUCCCUUCGGGGCGGUAGUGCAAUAGCAUGUGCAGUUUGGAUAGGCGUAAAUACAUAUAUUGCAACACUAUGCUUCCAAGGAUAUACGCCCAUAUUUUCAUAUCUUAACAAAGCUGCCCUCAUUACUUUUGGGUCGCUAUCAAUAGUGUUCGCUCUAGUAGCUAUAUAUGUUCUUUACGGAUUAUUUGUAGACACGCCUUUGCGUCUUCAAUCUGCAGUUGUUCUUCUUAUGCUAAUUGUACCCAUCUAUUUAAUCGACAUUCUCGUUAAUAUCUUUAUUUUCGGCAUUCAGAAACAGCUGUACAUGGACUGGUGCUAUGGGUACUCAAAGGACCAUGUCGAUGAAAAGAUUCAAGGAACUUCUAUCAAUGGAACUCUCCACACCAUCGAUUUCAUGCCUUCAACGCUCAAUAUUUACAACUGCGAAAAACUAUGGGAGGACGAAGUUAAGUUCUCUGUUGCUAUAUUUGUCGUCAUGUCUAUAUGCUAUCUCUAUUGGUGGACCUGUCUUUUUCAUUAUCACGAAAAAUUGCACGAGUUAUUUCCUGAUACACCAGGUUUCUUCAAUAGUGGCCUUAUGAACUAUCUUUAUGCUCCCACAAGAAUGUUGCCGCAAUAUUCAUUUAGAAAUGUAUAGUUGGCUUUGGUUUUUCUCUGAAAAAGUAAAUUUAAUGAUAUAUUACAAUUGAAUCGAAAGUAUCGUUCGUUAUUAAUCACUGGAAGAAGUACAUUUAAUAAAUAUAUGUAUAAAAGUAUAAUCCCCCUCUUCAAGGGUCCAACAAUAGUGCCUCAUAUGUACAGGAGCCGAGUUGUGAGUUGUUUUAUCGCAUUCGUUGUAAAUGGUAUUACUGCA